AUGUUGGACGACAAGGAUCAUUUCAGCAUUCUCAGCACCUCUUCUUCUUUCGGAAAGUUAGGAUCGCCAGAUUUUCCGAGUCAGGCAUCGUCCAUAUAUCGUAGAGAGCCAACGCUCGCCGAGAUCGAGAGCGUUCAGCACGAGAUCCACGCUCAUGGCUGCGAUAUCGCCGCAAUAGAUGCGGACAUCUCUCGCUUGCAAAGAGAAAUUGCACUGCUACGUCAGCAGCGGGCAAGACAUGAAGAAGCAGUAAAGAAGUGCAAAGGGGCGAUCACGUUGGCCAGAAGAAUACCUCCCGAACUACUGGCGUAUAUAUUUGAACUUUGUGCGCAGGAGGGAUGGUCCUUAGCUCCGGUUGUCGUUUCGCAGGUAUGCUCCGCAUGGCGUAUGGCUGCAAAGGCACCUAACGUCUGGUCUCACCUCUAUGUUAACUGCGAUGACUACAAGGUCAUAUCGCGCACCCGCUUUUGGCUGUCCAAUGCACUCCACGCCGCAUUGCACGUCACUAUCCGCGCCACGACGGUUCACCGGACGUACAUCGAUAUAUUACGCCUACUCGAGAGCCAUAUUGCACAGCUGAAGGUCCUGCGCAUCUCCUCACCUCGGCGGCUUGUGACCGAGGGCAUAAUGGCGUGGUUCAAUGACAACUCCGCUCCCCUCCUGGAGUCUGUCACCGUAGAAGUCGACGAAGCAACCAAUGACGAGGCUUCCACCGGCGCAAUUCCCUUCUCAAAUGCCCCUUCACUGAGAACGUUCACACUAUCGAGCCCCUCGAUGCAACCACUCGGAUCCCUUCCCUCGCAGAUUGUUAAUUUACACAUAAACCUCAAAUCCAUGGAGGAUACGGGCGCUGUUCUAUCAGUGCAGGCGAUCCUCUCGGCCGUAGCCUCGCUGCCUACUCUCAAGAUUUUCAAACUUACCAUAUCCGCGACUUCAUUCUCGGCUAUCCAUUUGCCACAGGAUCCCACACCCAUUUCGUCAGGAUUAGAGACCGUCACGUUAGAAGCAUCUCCCGCGGGAUGGGUCCUUCUAGACUAUCUCCAUUUACCUCAUCUACGCCGUCUUCAUUUGCUAUCACUACCGGAAACCUCGCUGGGGUACCCAGACGCGGCCGCUGGUGCGCUACUGAAGCGCUUCCUGGUCAAUUCUACCCCGCCUCUCGAAACCUUGGAACUAUACGACAUCGACCUGAGCGACUCCGACUUCUGCAGUUGCUUUUCUCUGCUAGGGUCACUGCGUGACCUCCGCCUGCACUCUUCGGACAUCUCAGACGCAACCCUGUCCGGUUUGCGCGGUCACAACGGCUGGUGCCCUGAACUCAGGCGCCUGGACCUACGGUGGUGUGGUACACUGACAGGCCGUGCCCUCGUGGAUCUGGUACGCAGUCGCAGCGCCGCGGAUAUGAUCCCGCAUGGUCCUCCUGUCGAAGAAAUCACGGUCAUCCACUGCGCUUUCGUGGGAGAGGAGGAUGUUUUGGAGUUGGCAAGGUUGACCACCUGCCGCGUUGUCCACAGAAACGGUGACCAUCUUCCCGGGCACCGCGGAUGUUGCGACAACGCACGUUACAGGCAGCGUUUGAGGCUGCGGCACCUGAAGGACUUCAUGUCCCAUUACGGAUCAUCUUUGCGCCUUGUGAUCUAGUCCCCUUUUGUCCUGGCAGCUGACGGCAUUGGCUGGCCGGCUUUCCCAUUCAACCAUGUUUCAAUUCAAGCUAUCAUAGAGAAGUUUCGGUAGAAUGUCUGACCUUCCUAUGUAGGCCUUGGUUGGCACUGUUUCAACUACUACACC